AUGGCGGACGGGAGCAAGACCGAGAAGUUCCAGUUACAUGUUCCCACUCUGGAGGAGUUAUGUCAGGUGCUAGAAAAAGGACUGAGGAAGAAUUUUGAAGAAGCCAAAGUUUGUGUGGCUGAGUGCCCAGAUCUCACACAAGAACCCUUCCAGUUUCCUGUUAAAGGGCUUUGUGGUAAACCUCGCAUUACCGAUGUUGGUGGUGUCCCCUACUUGGUACCUGUGGUCCACAUGGACAAGGUGUAUAACAUGAACACUGUGUCCAAGGAGUUGGAGCUGCCUGGGGCAUUUAUACUUGGUGCUGGUGCUGUUUCAUCCAAGGCUGUUGGAAUGAACGCAGAGUUGAUGCCUCUGGUGCUCACAGAGUUGGACAGCAGAUCUGCCAUUAAUGCCAGCUACAUGUCCUCCAUCAACCCAGUGGAUGGGAAAUGUCUGCAGGAGAAAUACAGUGACCGUUUCCAUGACUGUGACUUCGGGAUACUAGCGAACCUUUAUGCAUGUGAGGGUAAACCUGGGAAGGUCAUUGAGGUGAAAGCCAGCAGGAGGACAGGAGACGAGAGUCUUGUGAGCUGCAUGAGGAAAACUAUGGAGGAGCACUAUGGUGAUAAAGCCCUGGCUCUUGGGGGGACCUUCAUCAUCCAGAAGGGCAAGGCCAAGAUUCACAUCAUGCCACGAGAGUUCUCCUCGUGCCCCCUGAAUACUGAUGAAGAUGUGAACAACUGGUUGAAGCACUUUGAAGUCAGUGCUCCCCUCAUCUGUCAGUCUGUCAUGGUCUCCAGAGAUCCAGGUUUGGAUUUGAGGCUGGAGCACACCCAUGGCUUCAGCCAUCAUGGUGAGGGAGGCCACUAUUACAUAGACACCACACCAAACACGGUGGAAUACCUGGGAUACUUUCUGCCUGCAGAGUUCAUUUAUCGCAUUGACCGGCCAACAGAGACCCACACUGUGGGCAGAUAGUGAAUGUAUUAUCAAACAAUUCUUUUACAGUUUCACAAUGACCAUUUAUUAAUGAAUCAUGAAACCUAGACCAUGAGCUUGUAACAUUUGCACUUGUAUUCAAAUAAAGAUAGAUGAUUAAG